CACUCAUCAGUUCCUUUCUUGGAGUUUUCUGACCCGAAUCAGUAACAGCAUGAAGGUUUCCAUCCUAUUCCUUGCCGCCGCAAUCAUUGCGGCAGCUUCGGCUGCUUCACACUUUGGCAUAGGCGUUCGAUCUGCACCGCCACCGAAACCCGAGGACAGUGACUCGUCUAGCAGCAGCUCGUCGGAAAGUGAUCAAACCGGCGAACAACAAUCUGGCGAUGCUUCCGGAUCGGCUGAAGAUAACGCAGGAAUUCAACCGAUCGGUAUCUUCCGACCCGGACCCAAUAGACCGUGGUGGCCCAUCCCAAGGAUUCCUCCAUUCCGUCCACCAUUCCUUCCGCGUCCUCCGUUCGGCGGACAUGGACGUCCGUGGUGGUUGAGACCACCGUUCCACCGACCCACCACCAGUACCGUCGCCCCGGAGGGAACUUCCGUUGCCAGUCCGACCACUUCGGUAGCUUCGACUACUGCGGAAGCUGCAACGACGACUGAGGAGGCAACGACCACGGAGGAGGCAACCACUACGGAGGAGGCAACCACCACUGAGGAGGCAACUACUACCGAGGAGGCAACUACUACUGAGGAGGCAACGACCACCGAAGAGGCAACGACCACCGAGGAGUCAAGCACCACAGAGUAGGCAACGACCACCGAAUCUUCGUAAGGAGAUGAUAUGACCAAAUCUGAUUUCUUAAACAUGUCAAUACAAUAAAAUCAAACUAUCUUGAGCAAUGAAA